UAUGGAACCGGUUGAAUCCCUUUCUUCGUUUCCGAAAUUCCAAAAUAACUCCGACCCAACUCCUACCCACAAAAUCAAUCCUUCCGCCCGCGCAACCUCUCUCUCAACUGUCCGAUCAGCCCCUAAUCAAUGGCCAAAACCGCACCAUCACCAUCACCCUCAACCUCUCGCGUCCUCAUCAUCCUCCUCCUCCUUCUGAGCACCGCACCGGAGCCCUCCCACUCCCUAUCCUACUUACCGUACCGAACCCUGGUUUCCCUCUCCCACUCGCUCAUGACGCGGGUGGCCAACCUCCGCGCCUCCCGGGGCGACAUCUCGGGCUCGCACCGGGCCAAGCUCAUCGCCCAACACCUCGAGCGCGGCCUCGGCCUGGGCUUCUUGGGGUUCACGUGGUCCGUUGGCUGGGACUACCUCAAGAACUACGCGUGGAGGGACGUGAACUACGCAGAUCUGAGCGGCGCCAUUUCGGACGCGAAAAUGCUGCUGAGUUCUCUGGGCGAGUUGACCCGCACGGGCUCGGACGCCGAGAGGGCCGCAUGGAUCGGACGAAAUUACCAAAAUUUGCUCGGAAUCUCAAAUUCGCUCUUCCAGAGGCUUCUCAAAGUGUUUCGUCAACCGGGCGCACUGAGGGAGGUGGUGGAGACGGUGCAAAGAGAGGUGGCGGAGGGUGGGUUACUGAGGGACUGCCUUGAAUUGGGGGCGAAUGACUUGAAGGGAUUGCUUCAGAUUUUCAAAGACUUGGCUUUACAAUUCUAUUCCACCUCCGGCGAUGAUCGGCGUGAUGAUCUAUGACACUCCAUGGGUUUGCACACACACGGAUACUUCUUUAUUUUAUUAGUAGAAUGUGGAAAAAUAGGCUAAGGAUUUGUAAUAACAUAAAAAAGAAAAAUAUACUCACAAAAUAUUUUUAGUUAAUUAUUUUUCAAAUGAAGGUUAUUUUUUGGGUCGUUGGACCAAAUUGAAAAGAAAGUAAAUCCUCUAGCUGUGUGAAGGUAGAUAGGUCAAAAAUGCUCCCCAUUCAACUUUUUAGCAUAUAAUCACUACUCAAAAUACACAUUUUUCUUUUUA